AUGGCCAAAACCCUGUACAGACUCCGGCGGCUGCUGAGGAAGGCUCAGCUCCUCUUCCUCCUCCUCAGCGUGGUGUACAUCAUGGGGGGUAGCAUCCUGCUGCUGCAGCGCUCCCCCAGCAUCCCCAUCUCCGCAUCACCAGAUGCCAGAAACAGCCACCAUCACCAGCAGCAGCGCCCACUCAUCCCCAGCGAGGGCUCUCCUGCUCGGGCACACCACCGCUGGCUGCUGCAGGGUGGCUCUGGGUCCCGGGGGCCUUCGGAUGCGGAUGUUUCCGAUAGGUCUGGUAGCAACGCGCAUGCGGGGAAGCAGCAGCAGGCGCUCGGGAGGGUGAUGGUUCGGAACCUGAACCGUGACAGGAGGGUUCUGAGACGCCACAUGUUCCAGUCAGGUGGUCAGGUCACGCAGAGUAAACCUUCGCCACUGAGCAGUCCCUCGCAUGCCUCAGGACGCCAUAAAGGGAGCUACAUGGGCUGCUUCGUAGAUGACGCCCAAACACACGCGCUGGGGGGCACCGUGCUCUACGACUUCCGCAAAAUGACCCCCGCCCUGUGCCAAGACACCUGCUCUGAGAGUGGGUUCCAGUACGCGGGUCUGGAGUACGGAGCCGAGUGUCACUGUGGCAACAGCAUCGCGGGUCCUGAGGCGCGCCUGGAGGAGUGCAACCUGGACUGCAAGGGGGAGAAGGGCGCCCCCUGUGGCGGCAUCCAGCGACUGUCCAUCUACAAGGUGGAUAGGAAGCCUCCAGGUCAACGCAAAUACAGCAGUCUGCACUACCGGGGUUGCUUUCAGAAGCCAUACGAUGCUCGUGCCUCUUUGCAUCACAUAAUUGAGUCUUAUUCAACUCUGGAAGGCUGCAUUGAAGGCUGCACUGAAAUGGAGUACCCUCUAGUUGCAAUAAGGGGAGCUUCAGUGAGGGGCCGUGGCCAGGGGCCCUCCUGUGUGUGUAUGCACGCCUCAGACGCCGUGACCCUGCACAACCGAGUGGCAGAGAGCUGGUGUCACCCUGGCAACCACACUAGCAACGUCAACACCAGCAGCAACCCUCCCCUGGAGCCCUACCAGGUCUACCACACUCCAGCCUUAGAUGCCAGGUGCAGAGAGCGGACGUUUCUGUCUGAGUCGUCUGCUCCGCUGGUGGCGCUGGCUAGCUUCCCCGGGGCGGGCAACACGUGGGUGCGGCACCUCAUCGAGCUCAGCACCGGAUACUACACAGGAAGCUUCUACUUCGAUGGAGCACUCUUCAACGGAGGCUUCAAAGGGGAGAAGGACUACUGGAAGAAAGGAAGGACCAUCUGUGUGAAGACCCACGAGAGCGGGCAGCGGGACAUCGAGAUGUUUGACGCCGGCAUCCUGAUCCUGCGGAACCCCUACCGCUCCCUGGUGGCCGAGUUCAACAGGAAGUGUGGCGGCCAUGUUGGCUACGCCACAGAGAGACACUGGCGCAGCAAAGAUUGGCCUGAGUUUGUGGAGAGCCAUGCGUCGUGGUGGGCGUCCCAUGCGUUGUCGUGGCUGCGGUGGGGCCGGCGUCUGCUGGUGGUGCACUUUGAGGAUCUGCAGAGCGACAUCCUGCCCCAGUUGCGCCUCAUCACCUCCUUCCUCAACGCCAGCAUCAGCACCACCGUCGCCCUCGGCGACCGCCUCCCAAUCACCCCUGACGACCGCCUCCUCUGCGCCGAGAGCGGCAGUUCCGACGGACAAUUCAAGCGCUCGGGGCCCCGCAAGCCGACCUUCGACCCCUACACACCGGCCAUGAGGGAGAUGGUUGACAGGUACAUACGCACGGUGGACCAGGCGCUCAGAAACAGGAACUUCAGAGGCCUGCCCCAGGAGUACGUGCCCAUAUGA